AUAAAAUAAUACAAAAAAACAUAAUAAUUAAAAACAAAAAUUAUAAAAAUUGUACAAAUGACAGAACCACCUGCACCUGUUGAGAUCAAAUCUUCACAAAUAAACCGCUCAGUAAUACCACCGGCUGGCGAUGGCGAAAAUGUGCCAUUCUCGCAACGUGAACUCGAGUUGUUGUAUGAAGAAAUUUGUAAGGAUCGCAAGAAGAAAGAAGAUUGGCGCGAUGAUAGUCGGCAUCCGAGCUAUAGGAGAUUUACAGUGCCUUAUCACUUCAAGUGUCGUGAUCGCUAUCAUAAGACUAAAAAGGAGUAUGAGGAGCAAUUUCAACGUGAAAUCAGUCUGUUAAUGAAUAACCUGAACACGGCCUACGAAGCGGCGCGUUUCAAUCGCCAUUUAUGCAUUACCACCUUGUGGCCGCCACUGCACAAUCGUGCUGAACUUAUCCACACACAACGCUACUACUUCCGCCUGCGAUCCGAACAACGCCGACGUUUAAAUCAGAUUAUUGCUACCAAUUUUCAAUAGUCAAGGUUGCACUUAAAGCGACUUACAACAACAAUUUCAUAUACAUUUAUACAGAAAUUGCUUAACGGAUUUUUAAAUCUAUACAAACCUGUUGUUCGGUUAACCAAUGGAUCAUCUAGCCAAGAAAUAUAUUUGUUUGUAUGUGUGUUCUAUAAAACAAGUUUUCGAUUUAUUUUUCGCAAAGGCUGACUAAAGGCUGGAUCCAGUUUUAUUUUAUAUGUUUAUAGAUGCAGGUUGUUUGUAUAAUGAAUGUAUGGACAAUGGGACUAUUGAAUUAUGUCGUGAUAUUCGUAAGACGCUUUGAAACUUCAGCACAGAGAUUGCACGAUUACGGAACUUCGUGCCCAAAAUCGAUGGUAGCAUAGGUGGUAAACAUGAUGCAUCAUUCCAUACAAGCUCUUUAAAAUCUAGGCCCUAAAAUGCUUUUACAAAAUUCCCAACAUAGUAUUUAAAAAAAGGCCAAUAAGUCAAUAGAAAUAUGGGAAGUUAAGUAGCAGUGUAGGAAAUUCACAUCUGUUUAAGGACAAUUUCGUAAUCGUAGAAUUAUUGA